CCUGAAUUUUAAUUUAUGAAGGCUGUAAACGUGAACUUAACUGAACUUUUUUUUUUCUUAACGUCUUCAGCGUGGCUUAUUUUCUUUUUAGAUACUCUUAUCAUGGGACAUUUUUGACAGUUCUCACAAAUCUGAUGAGUGAAAAAUUAAUAUUCAACUUUUUACUUUCUUUUUCAUGUUAACCCUGCAAUAUUGAUCAAUAGGAAGUGGUAUGCAUUGUGACCGGCAAAUCACUUUUAGUUGGAAGGUCUUCAUUUCAUACAAGUGAUAUUUUUUAUUUGACUACCCUCUUCUGUUCCAGAGCAAAAGGGAUAAUGUUUCCUGUGUGUAGGUAGAGGGUUGUGAUGACAAGAGUAGAAUCAAGUUCUUUAAACUUUGAUGACUUUGCUGUUUUCUACUAACAUACUUUUGAUUUCAGUAAGAAGCUCGUAUAUUUUCCAUGUCUCAUUUGCUAAUUGUUGCAGCUCUGGAGAGCACAUGGUUUUGUACUCCUUAGGCAGGAUACUUUCUGAUGGCUUUAGAUUCUAGGCUCACUGCAGACAUCAUUUGCCAGCUUUUGUUGGGCUGUGUUGCGACAGAGCUCUGAUGUUGGGCUCAGGUAGGACAAAUAUCUGUGCAUUAACCUCAGCCUUUGUUCUGCUGCUACAUGUUCUACAUUUUUGGAUAUUUGAGGCAGUUUAGCAUGUGAUGUAUGCCUUUAGAGAGAGGACAAAAAUCAUCCUGAAUCUCAAGCUUUCAUCACUCUUUUAUGUGCUAGUUUUGACUACGUCUAAUAGUCAGCUGGUCUGCUGAACAAUGUGAAGAACUGGUAUUCUGGUCAGACUCUGGUGUCUGAAAUGUCAUAUUCAUCUGAAUCUGACUUGGUCUGUUUUUAGGUGCUCAUCAGCCUAUAUCUAUGAAAUUGUUGGUAGGUCCCUGGUGAUUAUCCAGUUUUGUUGACUAUUAGGGCUCACCAGAUGCCACCUGCUGCCCCACCCUCACCUUAGAUACCCUCACAUCUUUUCCACAGGCACAGAGAACCAAUUGGUUGUAAUGUGCAUUGAAGUACUGGUUACUGUCAUGUGUUUUCUCUGCCUCCUGCUGCAUGUUUGCUACUUUUAGGCUCCAGCAGCUGUGGUUGGCUGGUCCCGUGACCGGAGGCAAGUGGCCAACACUGGGUUCAAUACUAGAUGUAUGUACAGUACUAUUCAGUGUCGCUGCAGUGUGUUUCUAUUUGAUAAUUUACUUUUUUUUUCUUUUUUCUUUUAACUGUAGUGAAUGAAUGUUGGUGAAGUAAGACUAAAAAUGCUUAUUAAGAGGGGGCCUUAUUUGAAGGGGAAUUUCACACAUUUUCAAAUCUGGGAUUUUUAUAUCUUAAUAAACCUUAGUGUUUGUGUGUGUUGAUGUCUCAGAUUACUGUAUAUUUGUUGCUUGAACAAAAAGAUAUCUUCCCCCUCCUUAAAAAGGUUAUGCAUUCCUGAAGAUCUGUUGUGAGGUGAAUUUUUUUAAAUAGAUCUAAUAACCCUUGUCUCCUUAGUAAAGAAAUUUGUGUUCUCAGGCCUGAAAAUUGACACCCAUUUAUAUCAAAAUAUCACCACUUCCUGUUGAAAUGGAUGCAGCUAUUUCAGUAGUUAACAUUAGUUAUCAUAACACAACAGUCCUUCAUUGAUUACUGAAUUACUCUUUUGUGUUUAUGUACACUAAACAAUUACAAAUAAAAUGUGUACAUGUAAUACUGUGUGUUUGUGUUAAUUUAGCCUUUACUGCAAAAAGCUGAAGAGUAAAGAUGAGAGAAAUCAAGGAGAACUUCAAAUUUAUUCACAUUCACCACAGAAGUUGAUAGAGUACCUCUCAGUGCCUGGGCUGUGUGAUUGAAUGUGGUUAGAUAUCUCCAUGCAGAUUAAGCAGGUUUCAUGUUCUUCCAGGGUCAGUGUGGGUUUUCUUCCAAAGACGUUUUACAAAUAAAUCCGUAGCUAAAUUGUACAUAGUGUGUGCAUUACAUUGCCCUACGGUGUAAGUUGGUGAAUGACUGAAGGGAGCUUAGUGCAGUAUAUCUAGCAUUUUCAACUUGCAUAAAUGUGUUCUCUAAGUACGAGUUAACUAAUUACUUUAUAUCACUGUGCAAAAAAGGGUCUGCUAAAUGAAUAAAUGUAAAUUGAUUGUGCUGCUAAACUGUAGGGAGACACAUGAAAUCCAUGAUCCUCAUUAAAAGGGCAAAGUGCCUUGUAAGCUGAGGAAGGGCAUUGCAUGAAACUCCUUGUAAACUCAAAUUCUUGUAACAUGAUUUGGUUUGGCAUAUCUCAUGGUUUGACUGUACUUGUUUGUUAGUCUUUGCUCUUAUAUAUUUUACAAAACUUCAGUGAAAGGUGGUGAAAACUAUUUUAGUGAAAAUCUAUUGUUUUUCAGAUAAAUUCUUUUAGUAUUUAAGUAUUUUGUAAUUUUUUAAAAAUAUUUUGUUUGGAAAGUCAAAAGUAGCAUAAUUUUGGCCCCUUAAGUAUAGCCCUGCUUUUUAUGGCAAAGGGGUAUGAUCUCAUUAACAAUAGAAAAUUGAUAAUUGUAUUUAAUUAGUUAUGAAUUGAUUGAUAUGAAUUGUCAUAUUUGGAGGUGUUUCUAGUAUUAACAGCUAGCACACUGAAUAACUAGCAAAUGCUACUGUGACAUAGUACCAUCAGUUUAAUUUCUGUGUUAAAGGUCAGUAGUACACCAGGGUUAACCACUUGAACCAGUGGUAAUUUCAGGCCAAACCACAGUUUUUGUUAUUGCAGAAGUAAGCAUUUUGGUGAAGAAUAUAACAAUUAUUAUUCAAGUGGUCAGUCUAAAUCUCUGAUAUCAACACACACCGUGGAAAGUGUUUAUGAAGAGCCCAGAUGUGAAACUGGAUGAAUAUCCUCUUAAACAAACCACAGUUAGCUUGUGCUGUUCAUGGUGAGGAAUAAUGUAAGGCACCGUCUACCAAAAAACCUGUGUUAAUCUAUAAUUCCAUGUACAUUGAACCCAGAUUAAGACCUAACACAUAGUUUAUGUCUUCAGUGAUGGUUGUUUUUCUCUUUUUGACUUGUAGUAGAAAAAAUAAGUUUAUUGUUUGAAUGUGUCAUUUUUUUAUGGAGCAAAGUUUAAAUAUGUAAAUGUAUAAACAUAUUUUUGGCAGAUACUGUAUGUUGGGGAAAAUUUGUUUUAAGGGGCUGUCUUACAUGAAACUGAAUUGCAUUGUCUAUUUAGUGAAGGUCAAGGGUGUUUUUUUUUUUUUUUUUUUUUUUUUUUUUCCUUGUGGCAUAUUCAAAGACAUGUUACUGGUACAUCGAAUAGAGGCAUUCUUCUGAAGACAGACAGCGUAUUUGCCUAGGAGAUAUUACCAUUUUAGGUAAUUCUUACAGUAUGGAUCUUUUCUCUGGCAAUUACUAUAGGAUCACACUUGGGCUGAUGCAUUCAACUCAUUGAAUCCUCAGCAGGUGUUGCAGUAAUUGUCAUAUGACACUUGUGUGUGACUAAUGUUUACAUGGGGUAGCUGGGAGUGCAGCAGAGUGGGUUCGGGGAUCAAGUAAGGACUUAAUAUGAUACUAAAGUGUUUGCAAAAAAGACCUAACAGAGAGAUUGUGGAUAGUAAUGUACUGUACUUUUCAGCAGACCAGGGGGCUCUUUAAAGCUCGGUUGUUCCGCCCACCAGGAACCUUACUCCUGACUGGCCUAAAAUGGGCAGAGUGAGUGCGCAACACAUGCUGUUUGUCACUAGUACAAAAGCACUGAAGCACUGCACUCAGGAGGGAGCAGCUAUGUUAAUGCCUGUGCUUCUCAACAGGAAAGAACAAACAUGUUUUCUAAAGGCACAAAGCGCAAGUUUUCUGAUGCAGGGGACGAGGCCGCUGAUGAGAGUGUGCUGGGCCUCAAGAUGACGUCAUCUUACACACUGCAGCGGCAGUCGCUGCUAGACAUGUCACUGAUCAAACUGCAGCUGUGUCACAUGCUGGUGGAGCCUAACCUGUGCCGUUCAGUGCUCAUUGCCAAUACCGUGCGCCAGAUCCAGGAAGAGAUGACGCAAGAUGGCAGCUGGCAUGCCAUGGCUGAGGCCAUUGGUGUUGGCCAGACCCCUGCUGACCGUCUGGAGGCCACUGAAGUCCUGUGCCGGCCACCAGUGAGGGGUCAGGACCAGGAGGCCAAGCCCUUCUCAGUUAUUGGCUAUGACAGUUGCCACUCGGAGGAAGUGGUAGUGGAUGAAACCCUCUGCUCCACCUCUCCUGAGGCCCAUACUGCCUACAUUUCAAGCAGCCUAGGUGUGGGGCCCUGCUGGCAGGGAGAGGACCUGACAGAAGCUGGUGAAGAUGAUGAAGAUGACCGACAGGAAGACUGUAGGCCAAGAUCAGAAGGGGAAGAUGGAGGCAGGCUGGUAGAGGGAUCAAGAGCCACCGAACAGGUCUUUGGCACAUUUGAGAUUAAGAAUCCUGUCCCGAGCCCAGACCCUGCCUUAGAGGAUCUUUUCUCAGAUGUUGAUGCCUCUUACUAUGACCUGGACACCAUGCUGACAGGCAUGCAGGGACCACCUAAGAUGGGGCCCUAUGACCUUCUGGAGAGUUUGUCCUCUCAUGGAUCCCCCUCUAUAAGCUCGACCGCGAGCUGUCGCUCUGAUCUUAAUGAACUGGAUCACAUAAUGGAGAUAAUUGUGGGCUCAUGAGCAAGACUGUGACCAGGACUGAAUGUGAAGGCUGCACAUUGUUCUUUGCUUGCUUGUUUGAGUCUGUGUGUGUGUUUGUACACUCACUUAUAUGGAAGGUGUGUUAAAUCAAGGGCACUUUUUCAAGAGAUCAUUCCACAAACAGUUGAGAUUUAACAUGCUGACCAUUGUAACUUCAUUUGCAUACUUUUCUGUAUGUCUCAUUUUAUACGUGUACUUUUUAAUUUAUUUUAACAUUUUAAAAUGUCAUUACACUACAUAAAUUGUGAAAAGAACAUGUUAUAUACCUGAACUUCUAAAGCAACACAUAUUUUCCUAAAAAUGUUGAAAUAUAUAUACAUUUGUACAUAAAUAUACUAUAUUUUUACAUGACAUACACCUUGGGAAAUGUUACAGUACUUCUAGAUUUUUUAAGCCCUGAGAUAUCUUUAGAAAAUUUGAUUAUUCCAUUAUUUGGUCAGAUUCACUUAAUGUCUUCCUAUGAUUUUAUUUCAAGUUUAUGUUCAAAGAGAUUAAAUGUAUUUCAGAAUUCCCAUAACGAUCUUGAAAGGCAUCAUUGGCUGUUGGUGCUUUGACAAUAUUUGUGCUUGUAUUAUUUCUCAGACUCAAGCAGUUGCUUGAUUUUACUGUUAGAAGCCAUAGUUUCUUAUAUUUGUAAUGAUACAAAUGAAGAAUUAUGGGUCUGACCCAGUUAAGUUAUUACUUUCUAAUUUAUUUUAUUUAUUGGAUGCAAGCAUGUCUGGGGGGGGUUCAGUUUAAUGUAACUCAUGGUGACAUCAGUUCUUCAGCUUAUUCUGUUGUCAUUUUAAGAUGUCUAGCUACAGACAUAAGUACCUUCCAUUCCUUGCUACCCUCAAGGGAAGAUGGGUUUUCCAUUUGCCUAUGCAGUUAGUGUUGCGAAAGACUUCAAGCAGUAUUCAUUCACAGAAACCUAAAAGAAUGUUACAGUUUUAAUUUUUAUAUUUUAAAUGAUGGACUGAUUUAUGUGAUACAUUGUUAUUAAAUCAAAGAUGUUAUGGUUUAUUCCUUGUCAUGGCUAAGAGAACUCAGGCAACAACAGUGCAUGAAAGUGGACAGUAUUAAAGUCACCACUGUACUCCUUGUCUGAUGGAAGAGAACAGUUUUCUUGAACUAUAAAACAAUUUGGGAUUUAAUACCUGGACUAGGGUAGAUUAUAUGCAUUUAUAUAAAUACAUUGUAGCAUUUUUGUAAAUAUUUUUAAUAAAAGGUACAAAAUCUUGAAUACCCAG